CUCAUUUACAAGCGAAGUUGCUGUAUCUUUUUAGGAAGCUACACGCUUUCUUUCGACACCCAAAGGUCGCGUGGUGUCAGGGACGCGCCUAGUCACGGGAACAGAACCGGAGCGCGUUCGCGAGGAGAGUGCAAGCUCGCGCCUCCGAACAGCGAAGAGAGAGUAUCAAACAGCGUGCAAAGGGGUGGCGGUGGAGGGGGGGAUCCAGCCUAAUGGUUUACAUUGAUUGGGUCACAACGAGCAGUCAAUGAUUUGCGUGCAGCAGGCUGUGGUCCUUCACGCGCCCCGGCUUUUAUUCUUCAGAUCCUUUGUAUUUUGCACGGGGAGAAACUGACACAGCAAACUCAUCUGUAUGAUCGGGGAGCAGGAGCGCACAGUAUGGUGCGGGAAACCAGACAUUUAUGGGUGGGAAAUUUACCCGAAAAUGUACGGGAAGAGAAAAUUAUCGAGCACUUCAAGCGAUAUGGACGAGUGGAGAGCGUCAAGGUCCUGCCCAAGCGAGGUUCAGAGGGAGGAGUUGCAGCCUUUGUGGAUUUUGUGGACAUUAAAAGUGCUCAGAAGGCUCACAAUGCAAUCAACAAGAUGGGGGACAGAGACCUGCGCACAGAUUACAAUGAACCAGGAACAAUUCCUAGUGCAGCGAGGGGUCUGGACGAUAGUCUGUCCUUAGGCUCACGUAGCCGGGACAUGUCAGGGUUCACAAGGGCGACUGGGGGGGCCGUGUACGGCGCCCCCACGUCGCUUCACAGCAGAGAUGGACGCUAUGAACGCAGGCUAGACGGGACUGCAGAGGGUCGCGAGCGGCCGUACGAUCACAGCACCUACGGACAUCACGAGCGCCCUGGUAGCAGUUUCGACCGUCAACGGCACUAUGAAACAGACUAUUACCGUGACGCAAGAGACAGGACUCUUAGUAAUGCCGUAAGUGGGUCUGGCACCGCAGGUGGAAGUGGUACCGCUGUGUCUUCAGGUGUCAGUGGAACUAUAGUUGGUCCUGUUUCUGGAAAUACGGGAACUGCUGGAUCAGCAGGGGCCUCGACGGCAGGAAGCGGAGGAUCUACUUCAAGCGGGGUCGGCUUCUACCGCUCCCACAGCAGGAGUCCUUGUCGGUUUGAGGCACCAGAGCCUCGCUAUGAGUCUCGCUCCAGGGAACCGUUUACUUUGGCCAGUGUGGUUCACAGGGACCUUUACCGGGAAGACCGGGGACGGCGGGUGGAGAGGUCGUACCGUCACAGCCGCAGCCGAUCUCCACACUCAACACAUUCGCGAAAUCCCUCGCCUCAGAGACUAGUGACUCAGGCUUCCCGUCUUCCACGCUCCCACAGUGGGUCAGGCUCUCGCAGCCGCUCCUCCAGCUCAGACUCAGUCAGCAGUACCAGCAGCAGUACAAGUGGCAGUGAAUCGAGCAGUAGCUCAAGUGAUGACUCCCCGGCCCGUUCAGUGCAGUCGGCUGCUGUUCCUGCGCCAUCAGCUCUUCCAUUAUCCUCCCUUGACAAGGACGAACCCCGUAAAAGCUUUGGCAUCAAGGUCCAAAAUCUUCCUGUGCGCUCGACAGAUACAAGCCUUAAGGAUGGUUUGUUCCAUGAAUUCAAAAAACAUGGAAAAGUUACAUCUGUUCAAAUUCAUGGAGCUUCAGAGGAGCGCUAUGGGCUUGUCUUUUUCCGCCAACCAGAAGACCAAGAGAAAGCACUUGGCGCCUCCAAGGGGAAGCUAUUUUUUGGGAUGCAAAUUGAUGUCACAGCCUGGAAUGGCCCAGAGACAGAAAGUGAAAACGAAUUCCGACCGCUGGACGAGAGGAUUGAUGAGUUCCAUCCAAAAGCUACCCGGACAUUAUUUAUUGGAAACCUGGAAAAGACCACCACUUACCAUGAUCUGCUAAACAUUUUUCAACGUUUUGGAGAAAUUGUGGACAUCGACAUAAAGAAGGUGAAUGGAGCCCCACAGUAUGCUUUUCUGCAAUACUGCGACAUUGCCAGUGUUUGCAAGGCCAUGAAAAAGAUGGAUGGCGAGUAUCUUGGUAACAACAGACUGAAGCUGGGCUUUGGGAAGAGCAUGCCCACAACUUGUGUUUGGUUGGAUGGAUUGGCUGCAAACACAACAGAGCAGUUUCUCACUCGCCAUUUUUGCCGCUAUGGGCAUGUUGUCAAGGUAGUACUUGACAGAAUGAAAGGAAUGGCCCUUAUCCUGUACAACAACAUUGAAUAUGCCCAAGCAGCUGUCAAAGACACAAAGGGCUGGAAGAUAGGGGGCAAUAAAAUCAAGGUGGACUUUGCAAAUCAGGAAAGUCAGAUGGCUUUUUAUCGUUCAAUGCAGGCUUCUGGGCAAGAUAUUCGAGAGUUUUAUGAGUUUCUUUCUGAAAGAAGAGAUGAUCGACGAAGCCAAUAUGAGUUUCAAACAGAGAGACAAUAUUACGAAAAUGUUAGAACCCCUGGAACGUAUACUGAUGAUCCACGGAGGAAAUACCCGGCUAGAAGUCGAGAGUUCUACACUGAGUGGGACCCAUAUCAAGCGGAUUACUAUGAUUCCCAGUACUUUGAGGACCCAAGAGAUUAUCGGGAAUACAGAGCUGAUCCUUAUGAACAGGACAUCCGUAAAUACAGCUACUUGCAGCGGGAGCGAGAAAGAGAGAGGGAGCGUUUUGAGACAGAUCGUGGACGCGAUCAUGGAAGGAGGACCAUAGAGCGCAGCCAAAGCCCUUCUCACAUCUCCACUCGCCGUCCCGUCAGCCCCACAGCAUCGCCCUCACUCUCUGAGAGAAUACCGAGUGAUUCAGAUCGGAGGAUUUGCUGUCGAUCAUCUGACAGAAGUGGCAGCUGCAGUUCAGUCUCCCCUCCUAGAUUUGAAAAACUGGAAAAGGUGCGUGCCGAAAGAUAUAAUAAAACUGAUAAACCUGAGAAGGACCGUGGUUUUGAAAUUGAGAGACCAAGUGUGGUUGAAAAGGAGAAGAGAACCGGGCGAAAAGAGCGAGGGGAUAAAGAAAAAAGUGAGAAGCAAAGGCUUAAAAAACUCAAAGUCACAUCACCUACCAUUCAGACGUUGGAAAUAGAACCAGAACUUGAAAGAGACGUUAGCCCUGAGUCAGUACUACGGGGUAAGAUGAGUAAAACUUCAAAGGAUAGCUCCAGCAAAACGAGGUUAGACCUUCUGCCUUGUGUGGUGCAGUUAACACGUGUUAAAGAAAAAGAAGGAAAACUGAUUGGUCAUACUGUCCAAGAAAAGCAAACAUUGAGGGCUGGCAGUGACAGUCCCAAAUUGGCAUCGCCCACGGCUGACCAGAGAAGUCCUUCAUUCCGCUCAGAAUCAUCCAAAGGUGAGAAGCAUGGGAAGAUGCCCAGAGAAAAAAAUAUACACAGUCUAAUAGAGAUCACUGAAAAGGAUUGUAAAAUUAAAUCCAAAAAACAUGGAAAAUCAGAGUGUGGAUUUGAUAAUAGCGUUGCUCUGGACAUUGAUCGUUUGGCUGCAAGAAAAAGGCGUUUUGAAGAAUGUGGAAGAGCUGAUCGUCAAAGGAGAUCUAACGAAGAAGAUGCUGGUAAGGCUGGACUUUACAAACUGUGGAACAACACAAAGGAUACAGGAUUAGAGAAAGUCCUUUUGAUCAGAGGGUUGCAUAAAAAAGAACAACACAAGGAUAAAUCUGUCCGGAUGGUUUCGGUUACCAGUCCUAAAGAUGGACGGGACUGUGAAGGCAAACCUCCAGGCCCCCCUCUGGAGGGGCAGUCGCAUUUUGGAGAGUUGCUUGAAGACUCUACAUCACAAAAUAAUUCUCCCUUCUUCAGAAUGGAUUUGGAGGGUUUAAAAGCUGAAAACUGCUCCAGUCUCACAAAGAUAUUAGAUGAUGGCAGCUUUGAUAUGGAUGAAUUAAAGGAACAGAGACAGCUUUUGUCUGAAAAUGAACUGGGAAGUGCAAAGUGCAGAGACUAUGAUGGCGAUGAACAUUGUGUGAACAUUAACCAGUCUGUUUGCGCAAAACAAAUUGAGCAAAGUCGAUGGCUCCUACCCAAGCCUAGGGAUGCUGAUAAAAUUGUCAAAUUUGAAAGGUCGCCAAAUAAUGAGGCUUGUGAUUCAGAAAAGGACUAUAUCCAGCAUGAAGUUGCAAAAUUAAAUCAGGACAUUGCCAAUGAAGACUUCUCUUCUAGUAAACGAAAAAAGCUUGAGAGCUUUGACCUCGACGUCCGGAAAGUAAAACGAGAGAAUGACUUUCCAAGCUCCCAGGAAUUCAAUGAAAACAGCUAUGGUAUGCCAUCUUCCAUAGGAGCUGGUCAGUCUUCAGAAAAUGAGGAUGAUGAUUCCCGCAUUUCCCUGUCGGUUGCAAAAAAGGAAAAAAAAUCCUCCCCUUCGACUGAUGAAAGGUAUUCACGCACAGAAUCGUUAAAAAAUCAUUUCAGUUUGACCACUAGAAAUUUCCAGUCUUCGAACAAUCUUCUCCCAAAGGUAAAAUCGUCCUUGCUUGGAUUUGAUGAUGAAGUAAUGCAACAUUGGGAAAGGAGAAUAAAAUCAGAUUCUCUCAGAAUGGAAAUGACAUUCCCAAAUGACACUCUUAAACGGGAAAAUAUCCACAAACGUCUUAGCCAAGAUUUGGAGCCUGGAGAAUUGCAGUCUGAUUCAGACGACGACGGAGACAACAAACACAUCUCUCCCAAAUCCAGUAGUUCUCUGUCAUACAUUCUCAGAGAUCGUGAGGAGAGAAUGACAGACCUCAAGCUUUCAGGCUCCUUGGAGAAAAAUAAGUUUUACUCCUUUGCAUUAGACAAAACAAUAACUCCUGACACAAAAGCACUCCUUGAAAGAGCCAAGACCUUGUAUUCAUCAAGGGAAGAUAAUUGGUCCUUUCUCCCCUCACGUUUUCCGGUGUCACAUAGUUGUUCCGAGAAGGAUAAGGCAGUGCUGGCGCCUCGACCCAUUCCUUCAUGGUACAUGAAAAAGAAGAAGAUCCGUACAGAUUCUGUUGAAAAGUUGCAUGAUAAAAAGGAGGAGCUCAAGCCACAGGACCAAGAACGUCAGGAAUUAUUUGCCUCCCGUUUCUUGCACAGCUCAAUCUUUGAGCAGGAUUCACGCAGACUGCAACGCCUUGAACGUAAAGACCAAGAUUACGAAACUGUGAGUGGUAGCCCUUUUACAAAGGGUGCUGCUAUAGAAACGCAUUCAGAGUCUGGAGGGGCUGAUGUUUCCACAGAGCCCAUUGUGCUUUUCCAUAGUCGAUUUUUAGAACUACAGCAACAAAAAGAUAAGGACCAACCCCCACCUGACCCUGAAAGUGAUCCUGUAGUGAUGGAGAUUAAAAAAGAUGAAACUUUGAGCUGUGAUCAUGUGACAUCUGAAAAGGAAGAUGAGCCACCCACAAAGGCUUGUGAAAAAUCAGUUAGCCCUCCAAUAAGUGUAAAAAUGACACCAUUCCUCCCUUCUCCUAAAGAAACAGCCUUAACAGAGAAGGAAAUUGUAGCGCCAUCCACUGAUCAAUCAGUGUCAUUUGUUAAAGAGGAAAAAGUUGAACCAGCUGUAGAUGGGUGCCCGUCUCAUUCUACUCUUGUUGAAAAUAUCAAAUUAGCUUCUCCUGAAGUAACCAUAAGUCCUCCACCUACAGUUUCUGAACCUGACUCUGCAACUGAAAUAAAAGCUGAGUUAACUGAACCCCAAACAGAAAGUGAUAAUAGUUUGGUGGUUGAGCAACAUGUUGCGGAAGACAAGCCUCACACACCUGCUGGUUUAUCAAGUGCCUUUGAAAAAGACACAAGGGAAAUUGCUCGCUCUGAUUCUUCAAAUAUGGAAAAAAGCUCUGAAGUGAGUAAGUCAGAGCCUGAUAUUGAAAACCAGACCGCAGAAGAAUUUGAGGAAUCUCAGAAAACUGAAACAGAUAGUGAGCCAUGUAUGCCAGAGCUAGUGGCUGAAGUGAAACCAUUACCUACUCGCAGAAAAACCAAGGGUAAAAGGGCAAAAACCCAAGCUGUGUUACGUAACACACAACCAACCAAUAUUAUCAGCAAAGAGAAACCUGCAACACGGAAAAGUGAACGGAUUGACAGAGAAAAGCUCAAAAGGGCAUCGUCUCCUAGAGCAGAAGCACCUAAAUUGUAUGAAUCAAAAAACACAUCAAAAUCUCCCAUACACGCAUCAGAUUCAGAUCAAAACCUUGAGUCGAGUUUGAUUGUUGGGAGAACACGACGGAGGAAUGUGAGGUCAGUCUAUGCCACUCUACAUGAUGAUGAACAAGCUGGGAAAGAGGUAACAGAGUCGCCACGUUGCAUGCGCAAAAGAGGGGCAGACAAAGACCAAACACAGCAAGAGGUUCAAGUUCAGACUAAUACCAGGCGGGGACGCCCUCCCAAGAGAGGUGUCAAACGAAUUGUAGAGUUAUCACCAGUAAAAGGGGACCAAAAGAAAACAGCUGAAGUUGACACAGAGGCUGGAGAGAUGACAAAUACUGCAGAAGCUGCUGUGAAACCCUCUGAGGGAUGGCGUUCACCCCGUACACAAAAACUCCAACAAAGUUCAAUACCUUCCUCUACUCCAAACAAAAAGGGAAGUAGAAUAGACAAAUCAACUGGGAACAAAUUAUUGUCAACUGAACAAGCUGAUCAGUCAAGCAACGAUGAAUUAGAGCUUAAGCCUAAAGCCAACACAGAACCUGCUGGCAAGCUAUCAGACAGGGCAGAAAAUGCAACGCCAAUGCUCAGAAAAGAAAAAGAUUCUGUUGAAAAAACUUCUGAGGCUGUUGUUGAGAAGAAAGACACCAGCUCAUGUGAGAGGGGAAAACAACCUGAAAAAAAUGUAAAAGUUAAAACACCAAGGUUGAAACGUAAUACUAAACAGUUAACUGAUGACAAAUCACACAGUCUGAAAAACUUGGAAAUUCGGGUUAGUGUUGAUGACGUAAAAGGUUUACUUCGCUCAGAGGAUCUUGAUUCAGAUAGUUUUACAGCAAAUAUUUCAAAAGGCAAGGUUGUGGUGCAAGAGAUAGAGGAAGCACAGAUGGACUUUUCAAAAGAUACCAAAGAGACUAAUACACAAGAAAACGAAGACACUCUAUCAGAAUCUGAACCUCCUGCUGAUCCAACUGCUGUUCUUUUAGCACGACAGAUGGAGCUGGAGCAGGCAGUUGAAAAUAUUGCCAAACUUACAGCUGACCAGCCUCCAAGACCUUAUAAAGAACCACCUUCUGGGCAACCUAGUGUAUUGCCCCCUGUCAUAGUAGAACCAGAAGUUGAAGUUGAAGAGGAAAAGCGAGCAAAUCCCGCCAGUGAAACAGAACUUGCUGCUGCUAUUGAUUCCAUUACAGCUGAAGAAACUUGUGGAGAAGCAGAUAGCUUCACGGCUGCUCCUACGUACUCUGCUCUUGUUCCUACCCCUGAAUCUGUGAUCUCCACCUCAUCCUCCUCCAAUGACAUCAUGGAGCCAGAAACACACAUGGCCAUUAAUAAUAUCCUAGCUGGAGACCUAGAUGAUGACUCUCAAACCCAAAGCCCAAAACCUUUAAUGACAGAGUUAAAGGCAGCUAAUGAACCAGUUCUUCUUGACCCACCUAAGAAGACAAAUAAAGUCAGAGCCAGAACCCCAAAGAAAUCAAGAAGUCGUAAAGGUUUAGCUAGCAAAAAGGGGGACUCUGCUGAUGAAGUUUCUCAGUCAGAACCAUCACCAGUAAAGUUACCUGAGUCGAUCCCAGAAGAUCCAGAAACUGCUGACUCAAAAGCAGUGACUGUUUCAGCUGGAGUGUCUUCAGUGACUUCUGUGGUUACAGCUGUUGCAACUUGUAGACGUGAUGUUACAAGUGCUAUAACAGUAGACAACCCCAAAGAGGCAGAGCAGCCUGAAGUGGAACAACCUGUUCCCAAAGAAUCUGCCUUUCAUUUAGGUACAAACAACAGCGCUGCUUCUAAAAAGCCUCUCCAAAAGGUAGAAUCAAGUAGUCUUUCCUUCAGCCCUACUAAUUCUACACCAGUUUCCCAGCUUAAUGUUCCGUUGUUACGACCGGCCAAAAUGCCACUUUCUCCUGACUGGCCUCAACGAUCUGAAGAAAGCAGGAUCUUUGUUAAUCCUUCCUGUCAUGUAACAGUAGUUACUCCCACAAUACCUCCAUCAACUGCGCUUGGAACCCCUGCAGCUAAUCCCCCAAUGCCUCCUGACACCAAGGCCUCUGAUAUUGAUCCUAGUUCCAGUACUCUGAGAAAAAUAUUAAUGGAACCCAAAUAUGUGUCAGCAACCAACAGCAAUGCUAUGACUACCACUAUGGUAACAUCUGCACUGUCUGAUCAUUCAAAGAUGUCCGAGAACGAAAAUCCCACUGAUGCACUUGGUUCAAGACAGCUACAUCUUGAAGAAAGGCCACUAAUCCCACCUAAGUCAUUGCACCAUAAGCCAUCCCCACUUACAGAAUCCCAACAGAAUUGUGGGGAAAAGAAACCUCAUACAAUUAUGUCGCCGACUACCUCAGUAAUAAGUAGAAUUCCAAUGCCUUAUGAUACAGAAGAAACGCCACGAAUUUCGCUAAGUAAUCGAAGUAUUGGUCUGACCAUUCCCAAGCAAAAAAUUAGAUCAAACUCCAAUGAGAACAACCGCUGCCAUAGUGUGGAAAUACCAGAUGAUGUCUCUAGAGGGCGCUCUGUUGUUGAGUCUACUCCCUACCAUACAGGUUCUAGUCCUGGUUUGAGGGUGAACACAUCAGAAGGUGUAGUUGUUCUGAGUUAUUCUGGUCAAAAAACAGAAGGACCUCACAGGAUGAGAGCCAAAAUAAGCCAGAUUCCUCCUGGUGAUGUGGAAUUUCAACAAUCUGUGCCCAAAUCUCAGCUAAAGCAAGACCCUAUCAUAACUUCAUCUCAGUCACCUAACCCAAAAGCUCCUUCGACUCCAGCUGGCUAUGGGCACACAGGAGUCCUUUUGACCAACCAGUCCUACAGUUCUCAACCUGUUAUUUCAAGUAUCAAGCAAGAAGGUGUUGUAUGUGACAAAUCUGAAACGCCCUACCAUACAACUUCAUCAGGUGUUGUGAAGAUGUUCCAGCCGCCUGUUAGCUCCUCUCAAGUUUUGAUGUACAAUCAAGCUGUAAUACAGCAGCAGCAUGGCAAAAGAGGAUUAGUGACAGAGACAUUAACAAAAAAGAUGGACAUUAGCAAAGCUGUUCAGCAGUCGAACUUAAGUCCUGUCAUGAGUCCACACCACCCAUCUAUCCCUGGAACACGUAUGAGUCCUAGCCCUGGCAACACAAACGAUCGGUCUAGUUUACACCUCAAGCAAGAACCCCAUUCUCCUCGAACAGCUGGUCAUUCCCCGUCACCUUAUGUCAAAACCUGUCCAUCCAGCAGCUCUCCCAUUGGGACAUCUGUUGUUUUCAGUCAAGGUAUGCCAGCGCUGUCCACGUACCCUUCCAGCAUGCAUCACUCCCACUCAGAACAGUCAUCCGUCAUAAUCCAGCCUCAUAGUGUAACUCAGUCAUUAGCUCAUGAAGCCAGAAUGAACAGCACAUCUUUGUCUGGGAUAAAUUAUGGAAGGCGAGGAGACUGCUUGCCUUCUUCGCAUCCAGGAUCUACAAAAAGCUCAAAUACUCCACAGCCUAAUAUAAUUCGAGAUAUGGUUUUACAGUCUCAUUCAAGUCCUCAAAGAUCAAUGUCAGCUGGUGGAAACAGUGCAUGUGAAGAAGAGCCAAGACACUUUAACCAAGCUCAUAGUAGAUCCUCAGUUUCCCAUCUUCCGUCAGAUGUAAUGGUGGCACAUAGUGAACACAGAGGACUUCACCCAGGCAUUCGCAUGGACCAGUACAGAGAAAUUCACCAGCGCUUACUCAUGCACCAGCAACUAGGAGAACAGGCAUCUGUUGAAGCAAGGCAGUCCCGCAACUCAGAGAGUGCAAUAACAUCUUCAAGCAACAUCUCUGGACCGUCAAGAAGUCCUAUAUUGGUAAAGGGCAUAGACUUUUCUGCAAAAGAGCCUCUCAACUCACCAGAAGGGAAGCUAAUGCAUUUAAGCCCCAAUGAAAGUAGAAUUAGAGGAGUCCAUGCAUCUAGCCCUGUUUUGAUGUCUUCUCACCCUCACGGAGUUCAGCUAAUGCAUCCAGGAGGAAGCAACUUUUCAGUAUAUCGAGACAUGCGGGGCUUCCCAUCCCAGUUUCCAGGACACAAUCUGGCUAACCAAGGCAUUUCAUCUACACAGAUCCCUACGGACCAUGAGCUGGGAACCAGAGGAAAAUUAAGUCAGCCACAUGGGGGAGGAAGUGAUUCCACACCUGAAAGCCCUCAUCUUCGUCACACUACCUCUUCGGAACUAUCACACAUUUCCCGAAUAUCAGGGGAGACAGUCUCUCCGUCAUACCAGUCCCCAUUGAUGUCACCUAUGGGUCUCUCUCACAAGCCAGAUCUGUCGCUACAGAAAGGCCCUUGCACCUUCCUCCUUACUCCACCACCAACGGCGCCCUCAUCAAGCCCAAAACAGCUACGACAUGAUUCCAAGCUGGAACAUUCCGGACAUCGGUCCAUCGACAUGGUUCAACUGUUAAAAAAAUAUCCUAUAGUUUGGCAAGGCCUCUUGGCGCUGAAAAACGACCAGGCUGCAGUCCAGUUACACUUUGUGUCUGGAAACACCAUGCUGGCCCAGCGCUCCCUUCCACCCCCGGAGGGAGGUUCUCUUCUCCGUAUUGUCCAGAGGAUGAGGCUUGAGGCUUCCCAGUUGGAUAGCGUAGCACGUAGGAUGACUAUGGAAAAUGACUACUGUUUGCUCCUGGCUCUACCCUGUGGUCGAGACCAAGAAGAUGUCCUUGGUCAAACCCAAGCUUUGAAAAGUGGCUUCAUUACUUACCUGCAAGCCAAACAGGCAGCUGGCAUCAUUAAUGUACCCAACCCCGGCUCUAACCAGGCAGCUUAUGUGGUGCAAAUAUUCCCGCCGUGUGAAUUCUCGGAAAGCCAUCUUUCACGCCUGGCUCCGGACCUUCUCAACAGCAUCUCCAGCAUUUCCCCUCACCUUAUGAUUGUUAUAGCCUCUGUUUAAUUGAUUACCUCCAUUUUCUUUUUUAUUUAUUUUUUUCUGAACAAUGCCAACACCAGCCCUUUUGGAUUGAACCAGUUUGGAAACUGGAGAUUUUUCAUCCAUAUGAGUUUGACUCAAAAAAAAAAAAAAAAAAAUACAAACAACAAAAAGACGAACAGAAAAAAAUACAAUUGUUUCCUCCUUCACUUCACCAAGUCCUUAAAUCACCCAGUGAUGAUGAAUUCCAAAAACUAGACCUUUUUUAAAUAGGAUGCAGAGGGUUGAACGGUGAUUUUUGAUGAUCAUUUUGGAUUGCAGUUUUCCUUUUUUCAUGUUUGAGCUGUUCUGCAUAGCCUUUUGUAAUUCAUGACAUUCAUAAAGCUGUGGAUCCAGACCUACAGAUGGGACGUUUUUUACCCUCAUAAGUGAUUGUGAUGUUUUUGUUUCCUUUUUUUUUUAAACUUGAGAUUUCAUUGCACUAUGUUGACAAGAUUUUAUGAACUCUGUACAUAUUUGUGCAUAAAUUGAUACAUGUUAUGAAUUUAUUCUAGUGAUUAGUCAAAGGAAGCUAUUGCCAACGGAUUGAUGGAGGCGAUUCUGGUCUUCAUCAGUCAUGAUGGUUUCCUCCUACACUUUCUGCAAGUUUCUGUGACAUUUCCAAACCCGAGUUUCCAUCUCAACGUGUUCCCUGCCCCAAGGAACUCAUGAUGGGACCCGUGGAGUUGUACAUUUUACGCGCAAUGCCUCAAUAGGGGACGGUAAAAAAAAAAAAGA